AUGGAAAACAAUUCUUUAUCAACAAAAGAAAAAUAUGGAUUAUUACAAGCAGCAGUAAAAGCACAUAGUGAAUAUACUCGAGAUGCAUCAAAUGGAAAAGGUUGCGAUCGUCAUUUACUUGGUCUUAGGCUAUUGCUAAAAGAAGGUGAAUCUCAUCCAUUAUUCCAACAUCCUAUUUUUGCAAAAAGUCAAGAAUGGUUAUUGAGUACAAGUGGUUUAACCACUGGCACUAAAUUUAACGGCACUGGGUUUGGUUGUGUAUAUCCAAAUGAGUAUGAAUCACCAGAUUUCGACAAUGAUAAUGAACAACAAAACAAGGUUAUAUUAAACUUGAUGCAAGAAUUACAAGAACUUGGGCAACCACCACCAGAAAUUCUUCAAGACUUUGCACCAGAUUUAUCAUUCGAUGAAAAUGGAUUACCUAAUCUAUCUAAUGCAGAUUUACCUUCCAAUUGUAAACCAAUGUAA